CCAAGAGACCCGCCCUCGCGCGAAGUCCCGGACUGGAGCGGCCGCCUCGCCGCGGGGCCAAUGCAGCGCGGGGGCGGGGAUUGUUUACGUCCCGGCCUGGGCAGAAAGUGGGUCACAGCCUGCGAAGAGCGGCGGCCACGGGGGCAGGUCCUCUCCAGCAUGGCCAGGCGCCCUCGGAGUAGCAGGGCGUGGCAUUUUGUCUUGAGUGCAGCCCGCCGGGACGCGGAUGCCAGGGCUGUGGCCCUGGCAGGCACAACUAUCCGGGGCUAUGACUCUGAUGGUCAGCACAGUGACUCUGAUUCUGACCCUGAGUCCUCAUCCCUGCCACCGUCCAUCCCCAGUGCUGUGCCCGUGACGGGGGAGUCCUUCUGUGACUGUGAGGGCCAGAGCGAGGCCACCUUCUGCAGCAGCCCGCACACGACACACGGUGGCAAGGACUGCCGCUGCGGGGAGGAAGAUGAGUGCUUCGACUGGGUCUGGGACGACCUGAACAAGUCCUCAGCUGCCCUGCUGAGCUGCGACAACCGCAAGGUCAGCUUCCACAUGGAGUACAGCUGUGGCACUGCAGCCAUCCGGGGCACCAAGGAGCUGGGGGACGGCCAGCACUUCUGGGAGAUCAAGAUGACCUCGCCUGUCUAUGGCACCGACAUGAUGGUGGGCAUUGGGACGUCCGACGUGGACCUGGACAAGUACCACCACACGUUCUGCAGCCUGCUUGGCAGGGAUGAGGACAGCUGGGGCCUCUCCUACACGGGGCUCCUCCACCACAAGGGCGACAAGACCAGCUUCUCGUCGCGCUUCGGCCAGGGCUCCAUCAUUGGUGUGCACCUGGAUGCCUGGCACGGGACGCUGACCUUCUUUAAGAACAGGAAGUGCAUAGGAGUGGCUGCCACCCGGCUGAGGAACAGGAGGUUCUACCCGAUGGUGUGCUCCACGGCAGCCAGGAGCAGCAUGAAGGUGAUUCGCGCCUGCGCCAGCGCCACCUCCCUGCAGUACCUGUGCUGCUCCCGCCUGCGCCAGUUGCGCCCUGAUUCAGGGGACACCCUCGAGGGCCUGCCCCUGCCACCUGGCCUCAAGCAGGUGCUACGUGACAAGUUGGGCUGGGUCCUGAGCAUGAACUGCAGCCGUCGCAAGGCCCCGGUGCCCCCACCCAAUCCCCACAGCCCAGAGGCCAGGCCCUGCCGAAGGAAGCGCUGCCGACGGACCUGAUUUUUCUAACAAAAACUGCUUCCUCAGACUGGGAAGGCCACUCUGUCCCUUCCUUCCAGCCACCGUGCAUGGCAGCAGGAGGGAAGAGCUGGACCAAGGUCUGAGUGGGGCUGCCCUAUCUCUUCUAAAGCCAGAGCCACUGGCCACUGUGAGUCCACUUUGCUGCACUGGGUGGGCAUCAAAUGAGCAGCCACACCAGCCCUCCAGCUGUCCCAGGAAUGGUGGCCAGCCACUGCUGGGCCAGCCUGUGGUGGCAGGUGCCUGCUGCCUGGGGAGACAGGGCCUGGUGGAGUGGCACUUGCUGUGCCUGGGUCCUGGCUCGUCGCUCGCUCUGCAUGUCGUCUGCUGCCACUCCUGUCACAGAGACCCCAACGACUGCGACAAAUGUGGAUUUAUGUCUUACAGCUCUGAGAUUAAAGAGUCCACCAGU